AUGAUGCGUGUUGUGUUGUUGUUCUCGUUUUACAUUGCUGCUUUCCUGGCAAAGCACCACAAACGUCGAGCUCCGAUUAUUGACUUGCACGGCGCUGAUCAGCUGGUGGCGAAUAUACGCGAAGAUGAGAACGUUCUCAGUACAGUGCCGGAUCUUUCGAUUGUGGCGGAGACAGACAGCUUGUUCCAUCCCUACGUAGCCUUCCGAUUGCGGUGUUCGCGUUGCGACAACGCGACGAGACCGCAGGGAAAAUUUGAAGAGUUGGCAGAAUGA